ACAACGUCAAGCAGUCAAUCAACAUCAAUCAAAAUAAGCCCCCCAAUAUCAACAAGAAGAAGAACAACAACAUGCUGAAAAUACACAUGCUGGAGCAGGUCGUCAGCACGGACAACGUCUGCGAGAAUGCUGCCCAGGAGCUGUCGCCCAAGCGCAAAGUGGCCACUGCUGGUGGCGCCUGCGGGGGCGGGGCUGGUGGCAGCUCCUCCUCCUCGAAGAGCACACCCACCGUUUCGGCCACCUCGUCGCCGCAUCAUCAGCCAACGCCGCCGCAGCGUCACAUUCACACAGCGGCAGCCGCUGCGUUGGCAGCUGGCAAGAGCUUCAGCCAGGGAUCCUCACCAGCCGGACGCCAGCAUGCCUUCAUGGCGGGCACACAGAAGCAACAACCGGCCACAGGCGGCGGCAGCGUUACGCACAGUCCGGAACGCUUGCGCGGACCCACACAGGAUCUCUUCGAGCUGCUGGAGCGGGUGCAGUGCGGCUCGCGUCUCGAUGACCAGCGCUGCGUGUUACCAGCGUACUUCUCACAGCAUCAUCGCGGCAGCAAUGCGAGCGAGGAGCGCGUGCCACAGCCGCAUUCACCACACGAUGGCCAUGCACAUGGCCAUGGGCACAAUGGAGGACUCCAGCAUUCGGGCUCGCGCGCCACGCUGCGGCACUCGAUGAACCACUCGAGCAGCUCCGUCUCGGGCUCCGCCUCGAGCUCAACGCCAGCGUCGCCGCAGCUGAGCGGCGUGGUAAGCGCAACGGGCGGCCAGCUGCUCUCGAACGGACACCAUUACCAGUCGCAGUCGUCCGUGUCGUCGAACUCGUCGAUCGUGUCGGCCAUACCCGCCUCGCAGCGCCUGCUGGAGGAUGCGCUGGCCAAGUCGGCGCCCUACCCGAUGAUCCUGCUGCCCCUGCACGGCGGCUACUGGCUGGACGGCACCGAGCACGAGUGCAGCUACGAUGCGCGCGGCAAUCCGCAGCUGCCGCAGACCACCUGGAUGGCCAAGUUCGAGACAGACGACACGGCCAAGUGCUACAGGCGCUUCUAUGCGGCGCGCGAGCACUCCAACCUGGUCGGCCACGACGACCAGCUGGGCCCGGUGCUCAUCUCGAUCAAGACGGAGAACGUCGCCAACCAGGAGCACAUGCGCAUUCUGUUGCGCCUGCGCACAGGCACCAUGCACGAGCUGAUUCCCGUCUCGUGCCUGGGCGCCCAGCCGAGUCCGGCCAAGAUGGUCCGGCUGCUGAACGAACAGAUUCAGGUGGACAACUUUAUGCCGGUGCUCUGCCCGAAGGCCUCGCAGCUGAUCAGCGUCUACGAUGAGCAUGUGCUGGUCUCCCACUUCAAGUUCGGCGUGCUGUACCAAAGAUACGGCCAGACCACCGAGGAGGAGCUCUUCGGCAAUCAGCAGACCUCGCCCGCCUUCGAGGAGUUCCUCGAUGUGCUCGGCCAGCGCAUACGGCUCAAGGAGCAUAAGGGCUAUCGCGGUGGCCUCGACAUACAGAACGGACACACCGGCGACACCGCCGUCUACGAGGUCUUCAAGGAGCGCGAGGUCAUGUUCCAUGUGUCCACGCUGCUGCCACACACCGAGGGCGAUCCGCAGCAGCUGCAGCGCAAGCGUCACAUUGGCAACGACAUAGUGGCCAUUGUGUUCCAGGAGACCAACACGCCCUUCUCCCCGGACAUGAUCGCCAGCCACUUUCUGCACGCCUUCAUUGUGGUCCAGCCGCUGGAGCCGAACACGCCGCACACCCGCUACAAGGUCUCGGUCACGGCACGGGACGAUGUGCCCUUCUUUGGGCCGACGCUGCCCAGCCCGGCGGUGUUCCGCAAGGGCCAGGAGUUCAAGGAGUUCCUCCUGACCAAGCUGAUCAAUGCGGAGAAUGCCUGCUAUAAGGCCGACAAGUUUGCCAAGCUGGAGCUGCGCACGCGCACCUCCCUGCUGCAGAACCUGGUCGAGGAGCUGAAGGAGAAGACUCGUGAUUUCCUCGGCGCCGAUCUCUCGCAAACCCUUGCCGGCAGCCCCACACCCGAGACACCCAAGUCCGAGAGCACCGGCAGCGGCGGCGGCGGCGGCAAUGCUGGCACCCGCUUCAUAGACACCGUCAAGAAGGCGCUCAUCAUGCGGGUGCGCUCCCAGAGCGUGGACACGGGCAACGGCUCGCAUCCGGACAAGUUCAGUGUGAACACCAAGGUGGGCACACUCAACUCCAAGAAGGAGCCACAGCCCGAGACCCAAACGCCCAAUCUGAACACCUGCAGUCGCACGGCCUCUAAGUCGUCCUCCAAGUCAAAAUCCUCGAAUGAGUCCACAUCCUCCUCGCCGGACAUCACCUCCCGCCCGGCCAACAACACCCACAGCAACAACAACAACAACAACAGUGCGCAUCCAACCGCUGCGAACGUUGCCCAACAACAAAAUGGAGGAGGUUCCGCUGGAGCCGGCGGCGGCGGGGGCGGAGUGGCUGCCGUUGCGGUCAGCGCUGCACAGAAUGGCGGCAUUGUAGGCGUGGCCGUGGCAACCAUGUCCGAAACGAGCGAUGACUCGAGCCUGAACAGCGUCGACCUGGACCCAAUGAUGGGUCACCUGGACGGCGGCGCCGCCUACAUAGACAGCGACACGGGCCUGGAGAGCAUGAGCUCCGCGGAGGCGACCACCAAGGCGUGCUCGCUGUGCCUGGAGGGGGUGCAGGGCACCAUCAUGGGCAGCUCGCCCAGCAACGAGACCAUCAUGAUGAUCGAGAACCUGCGCCAGGAGGUCACGCGGCUCAAGUGCGACAAGCUGGAUCUGCUGCGUCAGAAUGUGACCUGCCAACGCGACAUAAAGCGAUUGCGCGAACGGGAAAUGUCCCUGCAGGGCGAUCUGGCGGCAGCAGGACGCGAAAUCCUCCGGCUCCGGGAUCUCCUCAAGGAAUAUAUGCCGGAUACGGCCGCGGCGCCGCUCUCCAUAUCGCCCAUCUAAGCGUCUAACGCGAAAAAAAAGGAUCCCCCCAUUUGAGAGCUGAGGGAAAGCAGAGAGGAAGAAGGAGCUGAAGGAGCAGAAGGAACCACUGUGCCGUGUCUAACACCUUGGAAGCGUCGGGGCAGCCCCUGUAUUAUAUUUAGUUUGCAUAGCUGUUGGGAACUCGAAGAGAUCGUUGGGAACGCGGAGAUUGAGCUUAAGUUGUGGUCGAGCGGGGGACAGAAUUAUUAUUACCGUUAGUAGAUAUAUACUAUAUAAAGAUAUAUGUAUAACAGUUACAAACUAAACAAAAACAAGAAAAAGAAGAAGAAGCAGAAGAAGAAGAGAACACAGAACACAAAACUCAAAAAGUUACACCAAAUAUAUAGUCUAUAAGUCUUUAAGCAUAUUUAACGCAAUGUUAACCCUAAUCCCAAAAUUUCCCACAGACGUAAAACUAAUCCUUAUCAUAAGUAGAAAGAGAGAGACGAACGGAGAGAGAGAGAGAGAGAGAGAGAGAGAGAGAGAGAGAGCUAUCGAUUAGCGUACAUCACAGUUACAGUUACAGUUACAAUAACAUUUACAGUUAGAGUUACAGUUACAGGUUAAACGUUCACGUAAUAGCUGCAUACAAAUUAUUCCACAAUAAUCAACACGAUUUAAUUAAAUGAAAUAUCGAAUUAGUAGCAAAGUUUUGUGUGGCGUUUCGCAAAAUCUGGCUACACCGUUUUCGUAGUCGCACCUGGCAACCCUGUGACGCUCGUUUAAUUCAUCACAAACACCUCAUCAGCAAUUAAUAACCAAUUACAAGAGUAAAAAAAAAAAAGAUACAAGAAAAACAUAACGAAAGCUAACUAAAUUAAUAUAUAUAUUAAAAUAUACAUUUACAUAUAUGUAUAUCGAUUAUGUGUGUGUUUUAAGGAUAAAGCCCUCGAUAGUUUUUAGCUGCAAUCGAUAAAUAAUAAACAAACCAACCAACCAA